CAAACGGCUUUCAGAAAUAGGUCAAGAAAACAGUGAGCGAGGUGCUCGUGCGGCGCCGAGUCAGGUGCCGCCGCGGGGUGUCUCAGCUUGAGGACGUAGGUAGCUAACUAGGUAGGUAGGUGUGAGGCGGCGGCGGCAGCGGCAGCGGCAGCAGCAACGGCGGCUUGCGUUUCACACUCACGGAGAGGGAGCCGCCAAUCGGACCUGCCAGCGCUCAGCUCCUCCGCCUCUCCCUCAGUAAUGAGACUGGAGCGACCGAGCCGGCGCAUCUGAUUCCGGAGGUGGACAUCGCGGCGCACCGGCGCGCCGACUCGACACGCACCUCUAUAGCCCGCUCGUGCACAUGGCCGUCAAGGCAGCCGCGCUCGCGGUUCCGACCGUACUUCUGCUUGCCAGCUUGCUGGGAAUCAUCCUCUUGGCAGUGCCCACCAGGGAUGCGCUCGACCCUCCGGGAUCGCAGUAUGGCAUUGUCCUGGACGCCGGCUCUUCCCACACUACCAUGUUCAUCUACAAGUGGCCGUCCGACAAGGAGAACAACACGGGCAUUGUCAGCCAACAUGGUGAAUGCCACGCUGACGGCUAUGGAAUCUCCAGUUAUACGGAUGACCCCUCCAGAGCCGGACUCAGCCUCAAGAAGUGCCUGGAUGAAGCCCUGCUCAGCAUUCCCAAAGCGCAGCACAGAGAGACGCCCAUUUAUUUGGGAGCCACAGCGGGCAUGAGGCUGCUCAAGAUGACCAGCCUGGUGGCGUCAGACCAGAUCCUCCAGGCGGUGGAGACCACCAUUCGUGCUUAUCCUUUUGACUUUCGGGGUGCCAAGAUCCUGUCUGGCCGAGAGGAGGGGGUGUUUGGCUGGGUGACGGUCAACUAUCUUCUGGAGAACUUCAUCAAGUACGGCUGGGUGGGCCGCUGGGUGAACCCCCGCAAGGAGACUGUCGGCGCCUUGGAUUUGGGUGGUGCCUCCACGCAGAUCACCUUUGUGACAAAGGAGAGCAUCGAGGACCAGGAGGACGAGAUGAGGCUGCAGCUCUACGGCCAGGAGUACAAGGUCUACACGCACAGCUUCCUGUGCUACGGGCGCGACCAGGUGCUGCGCAGGGUCCUGUCCAGGCUGCUCAAGGAGAACGGAUAUGCAAAGUCCAUCAUCCACCCCUGCUGGCCCAGUGACUUCUCAAAAAAUGUGACGCUGAGAGCCAUUUAUGAGUCCCCCUGUACUGAGAAGGAGAAGCCCCCUGACUACCAGCCUGAUGACAGCGUGCAACUGACUGGCAGCGGCAGUGGUCCGGGGUGCAAGUCCAUCGUCUCCCAGCUGUUUGACUUCAGAAACUGUCCGUUCAGCUCCUGCUCCCUGGACGGCAUCUUCCAGCCACGAGUGACCGGGGACUUCAUGGCCUUUGCAGCCUUCUUCUACACCCACAGCUUCUUACGCCGGACCACUGGCAUCACCGUGUCGUCGCCAGCUGACUUGAGACGGGCAGCGAGUGCCACCUGCACCAUGAAGUUCAGUGAGAUGUUCCAGAAAGCCCCCGAGCUGCAGAAUUGGAUCCAGGACUACUGUACCGUGUCCAUCUUCAUUGACCUUCUCCUCACGCAGGCCUACAAGUUUGACAAUGCCAGCUUCUCCCACAUUUCCUUCCAGAAGAAGGCUGGGGACACCUCCAUCGGCUGGGCGCUCGGCUACAUGCUGAACCUGAGCAACAUGAUUCCUGCAGAGAGCUUGAGCUGGCGCAAGUCCACCCAGUACAGCGCCUGGGCACUGGUCAUGGUGCUUCUUGUGUUGGUCCUGCUGUGUGCCAUCGUGCUGAUUGUGCAGAAGUUCAGGGGAUCCAGGAAGAGUGACAGUGUCAUCUAAUGGAACCCCUGCUGUGCCAUGGUGGUCUCAUCCCACCUGAACUCUGUGGUCCCUGUCCUCCUGCACCCCCCCCCCCAGUGGUCCUCUGUUCUUGUCCCCUCUUCUCUGUCUUUUUUCCUUUUCUUUUCUUGUACUCUCCCUAUACUCCUCCCCACCUCACUUGUGGCUCUUGUCUUUCUAUUCCCACCAUCAAUCGGCCCCCUCUGCCAAGUAUCCCUGCCCACCUUGUGUUCCUCUCGGCCCCUUUCUCUUCCUCUUCUAUUACUAGACCCUCUCCCCCCAUGUCCUUCACUCGCCCCCUCUAACUCUGAGGAAGGUGUCAGAGGGUCAGCAGUGAGUGACUGUGCCGGUGGUGUGGUCAGAAGGUCUUCCUCGGUCUUGUCCUGUCAUUUCACUUGGAGUAAAGCACUGACGUGAUGGCCGCUGGCAGCUUGUUUGUUCACCUUUGGUCCUGUAGAGGGUGGCGUGGAGGCCUCGACUCACAAGCUGCUGUUUUUCUAUUCUUUUGGUAAUAAAACCUCUGAAUGUC